CCAUUUCUUUUUUGCUUUUGAUUUCUCCCUAUGAUUUAUAGAUCUUGGUUAGGUAUACAAGAAGCUUUGAGAACAGUCGUUGAAAUCACUAGCCUGAAGACUGAACCAACAUUGAUUUUGUUUAAGGAAUAAAACUGCAGUCCCUUCUCUUAAUCAAGUGUGUUCUGAUGCAUGGUUCAGUUCUCUUUUGUCAAUUUCUAUCUGACUUAAGGCGUUUAGCUUUUGAAUUGACAUAUUCUGCAACUUUGUAACCGAUUGUCUGAAGCUAGCAUUGGCUGCAACUAGGAUACUGACAUGUACAAUUGUCAGCCUCGUCAAUGUUAAACUGUUUGCACUUGACAGAUUUCAACCAAAUGGUUGUACAACUAGAUUCAUAGUUAAGCCUGAAUUUAGGUGGGUUUUGUUUGACUCUGAAAGUGCCAUUUGGUCACUUGGUGUGGUAUCUCAACUCUUCUAUUUGAGGAUAAAUACCAUUAUUCAUCUCAAAAUGAUAUAAACUUGGUGUGGCGUCUUUUUUUUGUUAGUUGUGUUGGUGUGCAAUUUUCAUGUCAUUUGAUUAGUUUUAUGUUUAGUUUUCCCAAGGGUUUAUGUCCCAAGGUCUUGAAGAUAUCAACAGUGACAAGAGCCCAGCUUCGAGUUCCUUUUGUUCAUCGGACAUCGUGGUGUUCUAUGUAGUCCCCACUACACUCCUGGUGGUGAUGCUAGUGGAUCUGCUGGUGAUGCUGGUGGAUUUGGUGAUGCUGGUGCUGCUGCGGCUUCCUGCUCUGUUUGAAGCGUCACAGUGCCUUCUUCCAAUCUUUGAAGAUAAGUUGGAAUUCAAGGUAGAAAAUAUUUUGUGGAAUGCCACUUCCUAUAGGUCGUCACAUAAGAUGCAGCAGCAAAAUCAAAACACAGAAGGCAGAAGAUGGCAAGAGAAUUUUCAAGAUAUCAACAUCAAAAUCAAAACACCGAAUUGUUAGGUUGUCACAUAUUGUUAGGCCCUUUUUUUGGGCUGGACAGAAGGCAGA